AUGAGUGAACAAGAAUUUGUAGGCCUCCUCGAGAGCCUGCUCCAGCCGGACACUGAGCGGGUGAAGGCUGCUACCGCGUCUUUGAACAAGAACUACUAUACCUCACCUGAGUCCCUAAAAGCCCUUCUCCAUAUUCUCACCACACAUCCAACGUCCCAGCUUCGCCAGCUUGCGGCUGUUGAGGCACGGAAGCUCGUCAGUAAACACUGGGCGAAGCUACCAGCAGACCAGAAGCCCCAGAUACGGCAACAGCUUCUCCAAUUCACCUUGAAUGAGGAGGGCACCCUCGUGCGGCAUUCUUCCGCUAGGGUCAUCUCAGCAAUUGCCAAAAUUGACCUCGAGGAUGGCGAGUGGACAGAGCUUCCUGGCUUGCUGCAGCAGGCUGCGAGUAGCCAAACCGCUCGGCACCGUGAGGUGGGCGUAUACAUCAUCUUCACACUUCUAGAAGCGAUGGGCGACCUGUUCUCGGACAACCUGAGCAACCUUUUCACCCUCUUCAGCAAGACCAUCCAAGACCCCGAGAGCAUAGAAGUCAGAAUAAACACUAUGCUAGCGCUCAGCAGGAUAGCGAUGCUUAUGGACCCUGAGGAGGAUCCGAAGUCUUUGGCCACAUUUCAAGAGACUGUGCCGAGCAUGGUUGCGGUGCUGAAGAACACCAUUGACUCUGGCGACGAAGACCAUGCCAUGCAAGCCUUCGAAGUCUUUCAAACGCUACUCGGCUGCGAGGCAGCUCUCCUCAACAAGCACUUUGGUGAUCUCAUCAAGUUCAUGCUUCAGAUGGCAUCCGAGACGGACGUUGAGGACGAAUACAGGGCGCAAGCUCUGGCCUUUUUGAUGCAAUGCGUCAGGUACAGGAAGCUCAAGGUCCAAGGUCUGCGUGUUGGCGAGACGAUGACGCUCGCAGCAUUGCGAAUAGUCACAGAGCUCGGCGACCUGUCUAGCGACGAGGAAGAUGUUACCCCUGCCAGAUCCGCGUUAGGCCUGCUGGACAUUCUCGCGGCCAGCCUACCUCCGAGCCAAGUUGUCGUGCCGUUGCUGAAGGCCAUCGGUCCGUAUGUCAACCACCAAGAUCCGGAUUACCGCCGAGCCGGUAUCCUGGCCCUCGGUAUGUGCGUAGAGGGUGCGCCGGACUUCAUCGCCACGCAGCUCAAGGAAAUCCUGCCCAUGGUUCUGCGUUUGCUUGAAGACCCCGAGGUCAAAGUUCGGGCGGCCGCGUUGAACGGCGUUGCCCGGCUAGCGGACGACUUGGCGGACGACAUGGGCAAAGAGCACGCCCGUCUCAUCCCUGCCCUGGUCAAGAAUCUCCACCUAGCCAUGAACGCUGCACAAGGUCAGGACUCAGAGCGCAACCUGGACAUCGUCAGGGGCAGCUGCAACGCCAUUGACUCGCUCAUUGAAGGACUGGAGAAAGACGACGUUGCAGCAUACGUCCCGGAGUUGGUGCCCAGAUUCAGCAGUCUGUUCCAGCACCCGGACUUCAAAACGAAGGUUAGCGCUGUCGGCGCUGUCGGCUCUGUGGCCGCGGCCGCAGAGGAGGCCUUUCUACCCUACUUCGAGGCCACCAUGGCCGCGCUUGCGCCCUACGUAGAGAUUAAGGAGAGCCAAGACGAUCUUGAUCUACGAGGUGUGGUAUGCGACACCAUGGGCAAGAUUGCUUCUGCGGUUGGCGCUGGACCAUUCGAGAACUACGUUCGUCCUCUGAUGCAUGCUUCGGAAGAGGCUCUGCACCUCGACCACCCAAGGUUAAGAGAAACCAGCUACAUCUUGUGGAGUACGCUAGCCAAGGUGUAUGAGGAGAAGUUCGAGCCAUAUCUUGCGGGCGUUGCCAAGGGUCUCAUCGAGUGCCUGGAGCAGGACGAGACAGACCUCGAAGUUCAGCUUGGCGAAGAAGCAAAGGAUCUUCUAGGUACCGAGGUCAUCGUUGCUGGCAAGAAGGUCAAGGUUGCUGCAGCAACCGACGAGGAAGAAGAUGAGAUUAUCGAGGGGGCCGAAGACGAAGACGAUGAUUGGGACGACCUCGGUGCCGUCACUGCUGUUGCGAUGGAGAAAGAGAUCGCGGUCGAGGUGAUUGGGGACGUCAUCACGCACACGAAGACGAAGUACACACCUUAUCUACAGAAGUCGGUCGAGACUGUUCUGGCUCUGGUUGAGCACUCGUACGAAGGUGUGCGGAAAUCAGCUCUUAGCACGCUAUUCCGGACGUAUGCCUGCAUAUGGGGUAUUGCUGAAGACGAGGGCAUGGAGAAGUGGAAGCCUGGCCUACCACUACAGGUUGAGCCAACUGCGGAUUUGAAGCAGCUUGGCAACCUCGUCAUGACCGCCACUCUUGCGAUAUGGCAGGAUGAGAUGGAUCGGGGAACCGUAACCGACAUCAACCGCGAUCUAGCAGAGACCCUCAAGCAGUGUGGUCCGGCUAUUCUGAUCAACGACCAAGGCAUCCUCGUCCCUCAGAUCACGAACCAAGUCCUUUCCAUCCUCACCAAGCGCCAUCCCUGCCAGCAGGACCUUGGCGAUGAAGCCGACGGAGAUGUCAUGGAGGAGUCCUCAGAGUACGAUUGGCUCGUUAUCGACACCGCGAUGGAUAUCGUUACGGCCCUUUCCAUCGCGCUAGGCCAUGGCUUCGCCGAGCUGUGGAAAGUCUUCGAAAAGCCUGUUAUGAAAUACGCCAGCAGCCAAGAGAGCCUCGAGCGAAACACGGCUGUCGGCUGCAUAGCAGACGCCAUCGGCAACAUGGAAGGCAAUGUCACUCCGCACACCACCUCUCUGCUCAAGCUACUGCUUCACCGCCUAGGGGACGAGGACCCGGAGGUCAAGUCCAACGCUGUGUAUGCCAUCGGGCUGCUGUACGAGAAAUCGAACUCGGAACAAGAGAUCCUGAAGGCGUAUCCGGCUAUCCUAGGCAAGCUGGAACCUUUGCUGCAUGACCAGCAGGUGGCGAGGUUGCUCGACAAUGCGGCCGGGUGCGUCAGCAGGAUGAUCAUGCGGCAUCCGGAUCACGUUCCUGUGCAGCACGUGUUGCCGAGUUUGGUUCAGCUGCUGCCGUUGAGGGAGGACUAUGACGAGAACAAGCCGGUCUACCGCAUGAUUAUUCAGCUCUACCAGGCACACAAUGACACUGUUGUGCGGCUGACACCGAACCUGAUGCCGGUGCUGCAGAAGGUGCUAGGCCCGCCGGAAGACCAGCUGGACGAUGAGACGAGGAGUCAGCUUAUGGAGUUGGUGACGUAUCUGCAGAAGCAGUGA